AUGGCAUUAACAAUAAUAAAUAAUUAUUUAGAUAAUAAUAUUGAAAUAAAUAAGAAUGAAAUUUUAUUUUGGAAAGUUUAUAGAAAUAUUUAUUUAAAGAAACAAAUUUUUAAACAAUUAGAAUCAGAAAUUUAUUUUAAAGAUUAUAGAAUGUGUAAUACAAAAUCUAGAAUUAAAUUUAAAGAUAUUAAAUCAUUGAAAUGGAUGAUAGAUAAUUGUGAAUUUGAACUUUUAAAGAGAAAGAUUGAAAAUAAAGAAUUCAUUCAAAUUUCUGGGGAAGGUAUUAAAUCAUUGGUAAACAUAAAAGAUCAUAGCAUAUCAUUAGAAAUACUUGAAAUGUUAAUGAGAAAUCAAAGAGAUAAUAUGGAAACGUUAAGACCUCUUGAUUUUGCAAUAAAACAUGAAAACAUGGAAAUGGUAAAAGUGCUCAUUAAUGAACCAUACUCUAUGAGAAUAACUUUAAUGAAUAUUCAAUCAGCAGUUCGUGCAUGUUCUCCACAAUUUUUGGAUGAAUUAAUACCGUUGAGCGAUAUUGAUAUAAGAACUGGUUCAAUAGCUCAUGUUUAUUGGAUAUUAAAUCGUUGUGAUUAUAAAAAACAAGAUUUUUUAAAUGUUAUAGUCAAAUAUCCUGAAACGAUUGCACCACUUGGUCAAUCUAGUUUAUACAAUAUGUUACCACCAACUUUCAUAUUAGAUAUAACAAGUAUAACAUCGGUUGAACAAUUAUUUUCAUUAAUACAGGUUAAUUUAUUUAAAAAGAAAAAUAAUUUGGGUAUAAAAGAAUUAGUUUCAUUAAUUACUGUUUAUGAUAAGUUUAAAUAUUCUAUUAAUAUUUCAAAAAUAUUAAUUUUCUUUGCAUUAUAUAUUGAAAAUAAUCCUAUACAAAACAUCAAUGAAAUUAAAUCAAAAAUGUUUGAAAUUUUCAAUAAUACUAAUAAUAAUAAUAGUGAAAUAGAAAAACAAUUAUUUAAAUUAUUUAUUUUAGAAAUAAAUUCAAAAGAGAUUUAUGAAAUUUAUUUUUAUAAAUAUUUUGAAUUAAUUGAAGAAAUGGAUAAUAAUAAAAGAUAUAAAACAAUAAAAUUUUUAAACAUUUUACCAAAAUUUAAUGAAAUAAUAAAAUCAAAUGAUAAAAAUGAAAUAGUUAAUUUCAUUAUAGAACUAAUUAAUCAAGGUAAUUUAAGAACUCCGAAAUAUAAUAAUUUAUUUAAGAAAAUAAUGGAUACAAUAAUUAAUUAUUUAAUGGAUGAUGAAUAUUAUUAUAAAAUAAUUAUUAAUGAAAUUAAAAGAAAGAAUUUAGAAAAGUUAUUUUCAAUACCAUUUGAAUGGAGUCCGAUAUUAAAAGAAAUUAUGAUUGAACCAAUCGAUGGAGGAUUAAAUAAAUUAUUUAUAAAUGAUAAAGAAACAAUUGAUUGGUUAUCAUCUACAUUUAAAUUAAAAUUAAUAAAUCAUAGGAAUGUUAAAACCAUAUAUAAUAAUAAAAUGAAAAAAGGAUUAGUUCAAUUUUCAACACAUCAACUUUAUACAUACUCAAUUUUAAUGUUAAACAAAUACUCUUAUGGAAAAAGUUUAAUGAGGUCAUUAAUUUAUCCAUCAAUCUAUAGUCAUCCUUUAAUAACAGUAAAUGGAAAUAAAGAAUAUUUAAAUAAAUCAGAAAUUAUGGAACUAUUAUUUAAAUCAAUAAUAUCAUAUAAUUUAAAUGAAACCUUAUUAUAUGUUAGUUUAAUAGAUUUAAAGAAUGAUUUUAAACAGUUUAUUUCAAUUUGGAAUAGAAAAUCAAAAUCAAAUGAAUAUAGAUUCUUAUUUUUAGAUCAAUUAUUUUCAAAAACUGAUAUUGGAACAAUUAAAAAUAUUAAAGUUGAAAUUGUAAUCGAUUCAAUAAAAUAUUGGAUAAAUGAAGCAAAAUCAAAUUUACAAAACAAUGAUUUAGAAUUAUUAUUUGAAACUAUUAUAAAUUAUUUAUAUAAAAAGUUAAUUCAAAAUCAAAAUGUAAAAAUUAAUCAAGUUAUUGAAAUUAGAGAAUUAAUUUUAAAGUUAAAUAUUAAAUUAGAGCAUACAGAAUUUCAUGUAUUUUAUUAUUUAAAUAUCAGAUCACCAAAACUUAUUAGAUGUUUAUUAUUAAAUGAAUCAGUAUUAUCAUCACCAUUAUGUAUUAGAUUUCCGGAUGGGUCAAAAUAUUAUUGUUAUAACCAUAUUAAUAAUAAACUUCCAACUAAUAAAGUUCCAAAAAUAUUAGUUCCAACAAAAAUUUCAUUUGAUUUAUUAUUUGGUAAUAAUGGAGAAUCAUUUAUAAAUUUACUUGAAUAUCUUUAUCAAUUUCGGCCACAUAAUGUAGAUACUCUAUUAAAAUUUUAUUUAGAUAUAAAUAGAUUUGAUUUAUUUUUAAAAGGAUUUCAAACAUAUAAAAAAGCAACUGAUUAUGGUCAUAUUAAAUCUAUAACUUUUGAUUUUAUUGAAGCAUUAUCAGUUGGAAAUAUUGAUCAUAGUAAAUUAAUAAUAUUUCAAAAAUAUAUUGAUUUAGUUAAAAUAUCUAAUUUUAAGGAUGAAAUUCAAUUCGUUCAAGAUAUGUCAAAUUUUUCAAUUUCAAAAAAUAGAAUAGAGUUAGUUUCAUUUAUAAUCAACUACUUUAAAUUAAAAAAUCUCAAGAUUUAUCGUCCUACUUUUAAUUUAUGCCACUAUAAUAUUUUUAAAUACAUAUUUGAAAAUCAUUUCAAUGAUAUUAAAUCCAUUAGUGUAGCUUUCAUUGAUUUUGGUGAAUGCGUUUCAUCAUCUGAUACUUUUAUUCAAGAUUCUAUAUUAUUAUUUGAAUUAUUUUUAAAAUACUAUCCAAGUUCAUUAGAUAAUGUUUCAAAUAGUUUAUUUUUUUUUAAUAUCAAAAGAACUAAACUCAAUUCAAAAAUAUUUGAUUACUUAUUAUCAAAAAAAUUAAUAACCCAAGAAAAUCAUAAUUAA